AUUUUUUGACAUUUGUGUUUUGUGGGUUUGAAAUCCUGUUGCUUUACAACCCGUUUGCUUUUACGACCAAAUUAAAUUAAAAUCUGCAAAAAAAUGGCGUUCAAGCCAAUAGAUCCAAAACGUGAUGAGUUUCGCCGCUAUCUGGAGCGUUCUGGUGUAAUAGAGGCAUUGACGAAAGUUUUUGUGAGAAUCGUAAAAGAUCGUCCUGAAAAUCCUCUCGACUUUUUGCGUCAUAACUUAGGAGAUGCUCUGCAUCAAGCUGAUAGUAUGGCAUAUUUACAGAGUGAGCUUCAAGAAGCCCGCGGUGAAAUAGAGCGAUUACGCGGUCUAAUUGAAAGUAUCGAUCCUGAUGCCCUAAGGGAGCAACAUCUACCAGAGGAUAUGGAAAAGAAAAAUGAUGAAACAGAGAAUCAAGAGAAGUGUAGUGAGGAGAACACAAAGCUCCAAGAAGAAGCUCAACCAGUGAAAGCUACUGAUGAAUUGGAGGCAUUAUCAAAGGCAGAUUCUCCAGUGCAAAAUAAUUCCUCACCUAAUAAUGAUAUAGUUAAAAAUUUGGAAACUCCGGAAGAUUCACCUACUGCUAACAAUGCAAACAAAUUGACUGCAGUACAAACCGACAAUAAUUAAAAUACUAGCCCGUCCAUGAUAGGUAGAAUAGCUUACAUACUAUUCAGUAAGAAGCCGAGUUCCUUAUUUUAGAAGGCACAAAAAGUAUUAUAUAUAUGUAUACAUUCAUUAUACCAUGCUUAAUAAAGUGAUAUGUAAAAUCGGAACACCUUACCGAUACCAAAUAAAA